CGACGGUGAAAUAUCGAAGGUAAUCUACUUGUAAGGCGACAAGGCGUGGAUUGGAGGGAUAAACGAUCAACAUAUAUAUCUAGGCACAUAUGACAACCUUUCAAAUCAAAUUAGCAACGUGUCUUUUCUUCUCAUGUCAUGUUUCCUCUUUCUGUUUCCCAAUCCAUCAUGAUUUGUGUGGGCAUAACUUACCAUACAAACAGUAUCAUACAACGCGUUUGAUGUAUGGAAAUCGGACGAGACGUAGCUGCCUGGACGUGAGACGAAGGAGAGGAAUGAUUGGGAAAAUGCUUGAUUGGCGGCUUGUCUGGUUGAAGAGGAAAAGGCGUGCCAGAUGUAAGCGUGUCACCAUUGACGGCGACGGGCAACAUGAAUGUAAGUUUGUGAUGACUGAUGGCUCCGUUCUAAGGGAAGGAUCAGCUCUCCGUUGUGUCUUGAAAUUCAUGCUCGUGCCUUCCUUCCGUGCAGUGCGGUGCAGUUACUCCCUUGUAGUGAUGCUCACAAAGAGAACCUCGAACAUUGGAACCGAACUCCGAUGGGUCCGGGUUGCACGCACGAUAGAGAUCUGAGAUCCUAAACUUCCACGAUGUUGGAAUCUGGCCAGGGACAACAUGGAAACGAAUGAGGAAAGUGAAAUCAUGAACUCGUGAAAGUCGUCAAGGCU